CCAUCACUCGCAGCUUCUCUCGCAUCCAACUUGUUCAGAGAGAAAAGAAACUCGAAAUCUCAAACACAAAAGAGAGAAGAAAAGGGUGGUUUUGCUACCAAAGAUUAGCAAAUGAUGGCAGAGAAGAACGAGAACCAGUCCCAGCCCCGAGAAUUGUCGAACGGCCACCACCGUACCGACGAGGAGUCACUGCUGACCAUGGAGGAGGAGGAGGCCAAGCGCAAGAAGAAGAUGAAGUGGACCAUCGGCAUCAUCGCCUUCGUCAUCUUCCAGGUCGUCCAAGGUCUGUUUUUUGUGCUGGUCAUCAUGAAAUUCAAGUCCCCCAAGUUCCGGGUCACCGAGUUCGAAGUCCCGAACCUGAACGUCGGGACUCAGGCCUCGCCCUCGUUCAACAUGUCCUUCGACGCCCCGAUCCGGAUCAAGAACACCAACUGGGGUCCCUUCAAGUACGGCGCCUCCACCGUGAACUUCACCUACGGGGGUGUCGAGGUGGGACAAGGGAUCAUUCCCAAGGGCAAAGCCAACUUCAAGUCCACCAAGAAGAUCGAUGUGAACGUGGCCGUGAGCUCUGCUGGUUUGCCCCUGACAUCGGCUCUGGGGAACGAAUUGAACGCGGGAAAUAUAACAUUGAACAGUCAGGGCGAGCUUAAAGGAAAGGUCACAGUCAUGUUCAUGUUCAAGAAGACCAAGAUCUCACAAAUGAAUUGCACCAUGGUGAUCAGUACCUCGACAAAGGCGGUCCAAACCUUGUCGUGUAAAUGAGAGAUGCGAGUGUGAUUCCACGUUAGAUGGACCGUGCUUCUUUCCUUUUUUUUUUCUUUUUGAUUUUAUACUUUUGGGUGGUACGCUUGUUUGUUUAUUCGUUUUUCACAUUGCUUCUUAUCAUUGUGAUUUUUUCUUUAUAUUAAAGAGCGAUUCUACAAA